UUGUGCCGGUGACGCAGUUGGUUGCUAGGUGUGAAAGAAACUGAUGCUUUCUCACAAUUAAGCUGCUCCUCAGUUUACAGGUCGACCACAACAAAGCAACAGCUCGUCCUUUUUUUGCGCUGUUCUGGAUAUCCCGAGCUAAAAAAAAAAAAAAAAAAAUGGCUCUUUAAAUUCGUGAACAAGUUGGACCCGAAAAGAAGUCGUGCUUUGCUUUUGCAACGCACCCCCAAAAGCUCUACAGUUUUUCUGCAAGAAUGGAGUUUCAUUAUGCUCACCCAGCCCUGCUCUCUGUGGCCCAUCUGUCAGACCCUGCUUGCUCUCAGCAUAUGCUUGGACUUGGACUGAAUCAAAGCACCAGCAGACAAAAUGAUGGCAACAUCAGCUCCUGUUUGGAAGACUCUUCGUGUCUGCCCGGCAGACCCCCUCGCUCUCUCUCACCCACAGGCUAACCACAGCCAAUCACAGGGGUGCAGGGGGGAGGUGUCAGAGGAGAGUCAGCACUUAAUUGGUGAUGGUCUCACUGACUGGAUGACGGAAGAAGUGGAUUUCUCCUCGUACCUCCCGAACCCUCCUUCCCCUCCCUCCUCCACCAAUGCCUCCCUUCCCCCUUCACCCCUUCAGAAUGAUAUCCAGGUGCCCUCUGACUUGGAGGUCAUGACCUCUCUGCUGCAAGAGGAACUUGCCCAACUAGAGGACUACUUCCUGUCUGAACCACUGCCAGAGAAAGGGCCAAGGCUGGGAAAAUGCGACAGGGGUCCACUGCCAGCGGGUCCUCAGCCGUUCAGUCAGCUGCCAUACGCAUCAUACUCUACAUCCAACCAAUCGGAAUCCAGCCCACUUCUUGUUACCCUGGCAACCGGAGAACUGGACCUGCUGAGCAUCUGUGGUGGGCCCAUUGGGCGAUCCAAAAUUCCAAGACACGCCCCGUACAGCUGCAGUCGCCCCAGUGGGUGUGGUAGGAAAAGAGUUCCUGAUGGUGUGAGGGUCAGUGAAGGCUACGAUAGCAGUUUGUUGGGUUCCAAAGGAAAUAACUCAGGUAACUCAGCCGUGACCCUCGCAGGCAACAACUACGGCUGCGUAGAAGAAGAGCAGCUGGUAGGGAAAAGCUACUGUCUGGGCAGCGCAGUCGAAGUCAGAAGAUGUGCCGUUCUACCAAAAGACGACAAAAAUUGCUGUUUCGGUCAAGAUGUCAUAGGUGGUGCAAAGGGUGUUGGUGGUGGGUUUGGUUUUGGUGGAUCACUUGAUGCCCCUCAUAAGAAAGAGGAUCUGUUGAUGUAUAGCAUGAGAGAGGUCAGCGGAGGCACUGGUAGCAGUGAGGUGUUGAACAGUAUCAAAACUAGUGUGGAGGUGACAAAAGCUACUGUUUCAUGGAAGACCCAGAGCAGCGAAGGUUGUUAUCUUCCAGCAACACCACAGUCUGAGGCCUAUCAUAGCUUCUUAGGCAACAUCAAUGAACACGUCAAAGCAGAGAGUCUACAGAUAGGGCAACAUGAUUUACACUGUAACUUCCUCGAGGAUCAGGGCCCAGAGUGUCUUUUAAUGGCUAGGGAGAGUCUGAACUUGGAGUCUUCAGGGCACAGACAAGCGUGUAGGUUGAAGGAGGACCACUGUGCUGUCAAAUACGAAGAGGACAUCAUUCCAGCAGAAGGCGGGGAGCGCAAACAGAAGAAGAGAGAUCAGAACAAAACUGCCGCUCACAGGUAUCGCCAGCGAAAAAGGGCAGAGCUAGAUUCUUUGGAGGAACAGUUGCAUUGCCUUGAAGGGAGGAACCGGGAGCUCCGGGACAAGGCAGAGUCCGUAGAACGUGAAAUCCAGUAUGUCAAAGACCUGCUGAUUGAAGUUUACAAGGCCCGUAGCCAAAGGCUCAAGCAGGACACGACCGCGUAACACCAAACUCCUGCAAGUACAUUUAAAGAGGGAAUAACAGGGAAAUUGUGGAGCUUUUUGUGUCUUUAUGAUUGUCCAGAAUUGAAUGUUUCAAUUUUUUUUUUCAUGGCGGGCGGGGUAAAUGCAUGCUUUGCUAAUGUGAAUUAUUUUUUACAUUUUAAAUCAACACUCUAUUCAAUGCUUCCAUUGCUUUCGCACUCUAAUCACUUGAGCCUGCACUGUGGCAUUGUAAUGCUUUAAAUGACAAUCAUUUUUAAUAGAUCUCACACUGCGUGAAUCUACUAAUUGAAAUAGGGUUAUUUCUGAAGAAGUAAUGUUAUUCAUUAUGCAGGUUUAAUAUUUUGAAUAGCCUUACAUUGGAAUUGAUGUCAGCAAUAGAACUAAAUGUUUUUCUUUUAAUUUGAAAUUUUUAUUUGCAGUUACUGUGUCACACUUUUUAAUGGAUGAAGUAGUCAAGUACUGUAUGUUGUGUCAACGGGUGAAACAGCAUCAUUUCAUUUUGAACACAUCUUUCAAUCCAAAUACUUUUCUAGAAAAAUUUCUAACCUCCCUUGAACAGCACAUGAUAUUUCAAUUGCUAUGAAUAUUUUAAAAGAUUAGAAUUGUUGUUGACUUUUACAAUUGUGGAAAGAACCGCUGAUAGAGAUAGAGAGAAAAAAGACUUUUUGUUAUCAAAAAUGUACCAUUUUUUAUGAUUUUAAUAUUGUUGGUGCUUUUUGACGAAGCAUUUCAUUGACUUCAGGUUUAAUGCAACCCUAAAUAUUUAUUACUUAGUGGGAUUUGUAUGUUUUUGGUAUGUAGUUCUCUUUUCCCCCCUUUUUUUUUUUAUAAAGGACAAUCAUCUAAAUUUUUACCCGGCUUUAGUAACAUUACAUUGUCUACUGUAUUUGUUUUAUUUUCCUGAUAACUUGCAUUACUUUUUAAGUAACAAAUCACCUGUUUUUUCUCCAGCGGUGAUUGCAAAUAAUGUCCAAAAAUACAGAUUCUGUCACCGAAAUAGAACUGAUUUAUCUCAAAUUGAAUGUGGAAACACUUUAUUGUGUUUUGGGCAAUAUUUGUCACUUGCAUAUUGCAAAAAUUAUAAAAUCUAUUUUGCAGCUCAGGAUAUGCAACAGUCCUACAAAUGUCAGUAGAUGAUUCAUAGCAGGAGACUACAAACCUAAAGCUCCUCUGUUCUUCAAUUUACAUGGUAAGAUUUCAAUGACAUACAGGUUUUCCUUUUGUAAAAAUAAAAAAAGUUUUUUCUUAUGAACAAAUAUUGUAACCAGUAGAGUUUAGCAGCUUCCCUCUGCAUGUCUUUACAUAAAUGUUCUCUCUCUCUCUGCAAUAGAAAAAUUAGGAUUUCAGAUACAAGUCUUUCUCUAACUGCUUGUUAAGGCAAUAAGUUUUCUAGGCCUCUGGCUGAUCUGCACUAAUUUGUAAAAACUUUUGUAUGUUCAGGGAGUGGAGUGUGAUAGCCUUUUCUUUGUAGAAAAUUAACUGAAAAAAUCUCAUUAGAUUAUUUGUUUAGGCUUUUGCUGUUAGCUUCGGUGCAAGAGGAAAUCUUUUCCAAUUCAUUUAUUGCAAAGCAAAUAUUAAGGUCACUGUUAAAAUGCCUACCGAGGAUCAUUUUUUUUCUAUGCAUAUUUAUUUGAAGACAAUCUUGAAUAUAAGCGCUGAAUUUAUUUCUAUUUAAGUUUCUGUUUGCCCCCCCCCCCCCUCCCCCCUCCUGCGGUGUACUAUCAACUCCGGUUGUUAAAACCAAAAAUGUUUAAUGGCAGCAUAAUUUCAAAUAAUCUGAACUCACAUUAUAACACUUUGUAAUUUCACUUUCAUUUAAUCAUGUUACCUUUGUGUGUCGUCGACAUGUUUCAUUUCAGAAAUAAAGUGUGUCAUCAACUCA